AUGUGUUGCUCCCUUCAGUUAUUUAUUCACUGCCACUUAUGCUCUAUUGCAAAGCCUACUUGUUCACAACUUUCCAUUCAUCCGGAUGAAAAAUGCCCCAAUGACGGAAACUGGGGCUGCUGCCCGCUGCUGCAGGCGGUGUGCUGUGAGGACUACGUGCACUGUUGCCCCAGUGGCUCGCUCUGCGACACCGAGGGUAUGCAAUGUAGUGGAACAUCGCCACUACGAAGGAAGUCUGGAGCAUUAAAAAGCGAGAUCAUCUGUCCAGACAAGAGAAGCAAAUGCCCUUCAGGAAGCACUUGUUGCAAGCUGCUCAGUGAUAAGUAUGGCUGCUGUCCGGCGGAGAACGCGACGUGCUGCGCCGAUCGCAUGCACUGCUGUCCAUACGGCUACAAAUGCGACGAUUCUGGACAGCGAUGUAUCCAGACCCUCAAUGUGAUCAGUUCGUUGCGAAAACACAAGGCUACCCCAAUUCGAAGCAAGCUGGCUAUUCGCAUGGAUCACGCCAACGAGGAUAGCCUCGAUGACCAUGUGGAUAUUGUGAAAUGUGGUUACGGAAGGAGCUGCUCAGCAUUCAGUACUUGUUGUGAAGUUACACAUGACGGACGAAUCCACCAUAUGUGCUGUCCUAUUCAAAAUGGAGUGUGCUGUGGGAGUACGUGCUGUCCAUCCGGAUAUCACUGUCGUCUGGGAGGACGAUGCGAGAAACACGCCACUCGACACCACUUCUUCGACUUUUGA